CCAGGAUUUACCCGCCGUUAAAGGCCUCUUGAUAUCAAGGCUUUCUGCGCGGCUGUCAGAUCCGAGUGAACUGGUCUGGAGGUUUACAGGAUAUCUCUGCUGGAUAGUAGAGGAGAGUAAGCCUUGUCGGCCCGACAGAACUGGGGGUCAAUAUGAAGCGGAGAUGGGUUAACGAAGGAUCAAUAUGGGAAAUCUGACGGCGACGCGUUGGGAGCGUGUGGAGAAGUGGCUAUUGUCAGCAUUCAGUUGGUGAGGUCGGAAAAGGAGACCCAGGAAGAGCUCCGAUCUUAUCUCUCUCCUCUGUUUGAGUGCCAUAUACUUGUCUGUCAUCCCCCAUCCACCAAAGCAGUCCAGUUCCCAGAUACCACCUCUGGAACCGACCGAAAACUCACCUUCCUCACCUCAACACUACCCUCGCUCAGGGCUAGAGUAAGGCCCAAGGCAGCAGCAAGAUGGUCGGCGCCAGCAGUGGAAGUGACCACAACCUCAUCCAUCGCAUGGCGGUGGAUGACCCCAUCCCAUGGUACAGGAAACCCAAUCUGAGAACAAUGUACCUGCUACUCUUUCCCUGCGUUAUCGGAAUCGAGAUGACAUCGGGGUUCGACUCUCAAAUCAUCAACGCGGCGCAACUUCUUCCAGCUUGGAAGGCCUACUUUGGCAACCCCACUGGUGCAUAUAAUGGUAUCCUCGCUUCAGCUCUGCCACUGGGAUCAGUGAUAGGGCUGCCGUUUAUCCCUAUUGUGAAUGAUACGUUUGGAAGGAGGUGGUGCAUCAUGUUUGGGAGCGUGAUCAUGAUUAUCGGGACAAUUAUCCAGGGAUUUGCUUUCAAUGGACCUAUGUACAUACUGGCUCGAGGUAUCAUCGGAUUCGGCCUUCCUUACGCCAUCGUUGCUGGCUCCUGUCUCAUCGGAGAACUCGGAUAUCCAAAAGAACGACCCAUUCUUACCUCGCUGUUCAACGCUUGCUACUUCAUCGGAGCUAUCGUUGCCGCGGGGUGUACCUUUGGAACGCAACAAAUCAACAACGACUGGUCAUGGCGCAUUCCGAGCUUGUUGCAGAUGGCCCCCUCUCUGCUGCAAGUCGCCUUUGUGUUUUUCCUGCCAGAGUCCCCCCGUUACCUCAUGUCCAAAGAUCGGUUCGAGGAAGCCGAGGCAGUGCUGAUCAAGUAUCACGCUGAAGGCAAUCCAGACUCGGAGUUUGUCAAAGCUGAAAUCGCUGAAAUUCGCACCACCUUGGAGAUUGAACUCGAACACUCGAAACGGUCAUGGAUGGAUCUUGUUGCCACCCCUGGUAUGCGUCGCAGGGUUAUUAUCGGAUCGUUGCUCGGCCUCUUCACCCAGCUCUCCGGGAAUGUGGUCAUCUCGUAUUUCUUGGGUGAUGUGCUGAAGCUGAUCGGGUACACUGAUCCCAGCUUCCAGGCCAAGUACAACCUGGGAAACCAGUGCUGGUCCCUGAUCUGCGGCGUGAGUGCAGCACUGGUGGUGAUGAGAUUCCGGCGGCGGACGAUGUACUUGACGGGUAUCAUUUCGAUCUUGGCAGUCUAUGUGGCUUGGACAGCUUGCACAGCCAUCUUCAUCGAUACCAAGUCUGACGUGGCGGCCAAGAUGAGUUUGUUUUGGAUUUACGCCUAUAGUCCUGCGUACAAUCUUUGCUUCAACGCCUUGACUUACACAUAUCUGAUCGAGAUUUUCCCCUACGCAAACCGAGCUCGUGGCAUCUCCAUCUUCCAGUUCUGGGGUAAGGCCGCUCAGUUCUUCGGAACCAAUGUCAACCCGAUCGGUAAGUCCUUACUCCGACCAAUCAAACAUGGCAGAGACUAACCCAACCAAGGCACCCAAGCCAUCGGAUGGAAAUAUCUCUUGGUCUACUGCUGCUGGAUCUUUGCCGAAGCAAUUAUGAUCUGGUUCCUCUGGCCGGAGACUUCCGGCAGGUCCUUGGAGGAGCUUGCGUUCUUGUUUGAGGACAAGGAGGAGUUCGCCCAGAGAGCGGAAGCUGCGGUUACAAAGACUGUUAUGCACCACGACUCAGACAAGCAGAGCCAUGUGGCGGAACAUGAGAAAGUAUGAUUACCUAUGUUGCCAUGUUGAUGUUGUGCAUGCUUGGGUUGGGUGGAUCACUUUCAGGGGUUCAGGGGCUC